UUUUUUUUUUUUUUGGUGGAUAGCUAGGAAGAGAAGGAAACACUAGAAUAUUCUCAACUACUAGUCAUAUACAAUUUCCACUCGCAUUACAAAAAGAAAAGUAGCCUUCAAUUCGAACCCACUUUUCUUCGAUUGACAAGGGGUCUUUUAAUAUUAUAUAUAGUACAAGCACUAUGUGGCAAAGAAAACUUUUGGUUGAUAAUCUUUUACUUUUUAUUAUCCGAGCAUAGGAACAAUGCAAUCGCAAGCACUUCAUAUGAUGAUUUUAUUAUUAAUAUUCCUCGUGUUGUUGAUCAUACAUACAUGUGCAGCAGCUGCAGCACAAGAAGUUUAUUAUCCGAAAGCGAAGCCGGGCUGCAAAGAGAAAUGCGGAGGCGUCUUGAUCCCCUACCCUUUUGGAAUUGGAGGCACAGAUUGCUACUUAGACGACUGGUUUGAAAUCGAGUGCAGCAACCAGUCUUCUAAGCCUUUUUUGAAGCGAGCCCAACUGGAGGUGCUGAAUAUUUCUAUUGGAGGCACGCUUGAGGCUAUGUUGGGCACGCUUGAAGUGAACAGCCCCGUUACCUUUUUUUGCAACGGAAAUGGAAGUAGCAAAAUGGCUAAUUUGACGGACAGCCCUUUCGUCUACUCUCAGGACAAAAACAGAUUCACUGCGGUUAGUUGCGGCUUCCUUGCCACGAUGGAAUCAGCUGAUUUUGUGGUGGGUGGCUGCAGGUCAGUUUGUUAUAAUCAAAGCUCUGCUUACUGUGAUAUUGGUAUCAACUGUUGUCAGACUACCAUUCCUCCAUAUCUCACUAUGAUGAGCCUUUCCAUUCUAUACAAAGGCGAAAAUCGAAACGCGGAUUGCGACAACUAUGCGUUUCUGGUUGACAAGGAUUGGUUUGAUAGAUCUUCUGCUCAUGCAGUCAAGAGAAGAAGUCACGUUCCUGUGGUGCUAGAAUGGAAUAUAAUCAACUCUACUUCUUCAUUCGCAUUAUUUGGAAGCCACGUUACAGAGAAUUUGGAUUCUUAUUUUUAUAAUUAUUAUAGUUAUAGCGAUGUACCCUUCUGCAAUAUCUACACUUUUGAUUCCAACAAUCGCUCAGCGCUUUAUUGUUUCUGCCGAGAAGGCUUUGUAGGAAAUCCCUAUCUUCUUCAAACUUGUCAAGAUAUUGAUGAAUGCAUAAUUGGUCAUGAUCGGUGCGGGCCGCACAGCCACUGUGUGAACAUUCCUGGUUCCUUUCUUUGCCAUGACAAAAAGAAAACUAAAUUGAUCGUUAUUAUAGGUCUUGGUGCGGGUCUUGGACUGUUACUUUUGCUUAUCGGUGCAUGGUGGGGAUACAGAUUCCUAAAGAAACGCCAUACCAUGAAACGCAGGGAGAUGUUCUUCAAGCGAAAUGGUGGAUUAUUAUUAGAGAAACAAUUGUCGUCUGGUGAAGUUAAUGUUGAGAAAAUCAAGCUAUUCAAAUCGAAGGAGUUGGAGAAGUCCACUGACAAUUUCAAUACUGAUAGAAUUCUUGGCCAGGGAGGCCAAGGUACCGUUUACAAAGGCAUGCUGACUGAUGGAAGAAUUGUUGCUGUGAAAAAAUCUAAAAUAGUGGAUGAAAGCCAACUUUCAGAUUUCAUCAAUGAGGUUGUCAUUCUUUCACAAAUCAACCACAGAAAUGUCGUUCAACUAUUGGGUUGUUGUUUGGAGACGGAGGUUCCCAUUUUAGUUUAUGAAUUUAUACCUAACGGAAACCUUUCCCAGUAUAUCCAUGAGCAGAAUGAGGAGUUUCCACUUACAUGGGAAGUUCGCUUACGAAUUGCCAUGGAAGUUGCAGGAGCUCUUUCCUACUUACAUGUUUCAGCUGCCUUUCCCAUUUAUCACAGAGACAUCAAGUCUACCAACAUACUCUUGGAUGCAAAAUACAGAGCAAAAAUUGCUGACUUCGGAACUUCAAGAUCAGUUGCCAUUGACCAAACUCACCUCACCACACUUGUACACGGCACAUUUGGUUACUUGGACCCCGAAUACUUUCAAUCAAGCCAAUUUACGGAGAAAAGUGACGUGUAUAGCUUUGGAGUUGUCCUUGUUGAGCUCUUGACAGGGCAAAAACCAAUUUCUUUUAGAAGGUCACAAGAAGAAGGCAAAAGUCUUGCCACAUACUUCAUUACUUCGAUGCAGUUAGAUCGCCUGUUCGAAAUUCUUGAUGCUGAAGUUGUAAAAGGAGGGUCUAAAGCAGAUAUCAUAUUAGUUGCUAACCUUGCAAGAAGAUGUUUGAAUUUGAGUGGAAGAAAGCGCCCUACAAUGAGAGAGGUCACGGCAGAGCUGGAGGGGAUUCAAAUGUCAGAAAAAACUUCUAAUGGUGGACAAAACUAUGAAGAGGUUGAAUAUGUUAGGACUGACCCAAUUGAGCCUUGGGAUGUUGCUUCAAGUUCAACGGGAACAGGGCCAGGUUUGGAUGGUGGUCCUUCUUCAUUACAUGAAAUUCCACUAUUACCUUACAAGUCAUGGUGAACAUUAAUUGUAAUAUUGUAAUGCAUGUUCCAUAAAUGUUAUGUGUUGCUCCUUUUCUGAA